AUGAGGAGACAACAUAGACCAGACAUUGCUAUUCUUUUGGAAACUAAAUGCAGUGGAGACACAGCAAAAAGAGUGAUACAUAACCUUGAUUUCUCUUACUCUAUUUUAGAAGAAGCUCAAGGAUUUGUAGGAGGCAUAUGGAUCUGCUGGAAUAGACCAGAUAUCAACAUAACCACCAUAGAAAAGCAUAGUCAAUAUUUACAUGUUAAAAUCCAAACUCAGAGUGAAAAGGAACGAUUUCUCACAGCAGUCUAUGCCAGUCCUCAGAGUCAGAAUAGAAGGGAAUUAUGGCCUAAAAUUCUCAAUAUAGCUAAUCAGACUAUGAGAGAUUGGUUGAUAGCUGGUGAUUUUAAUGAAAUUAAAGACAACUCAGAAAAAAAGGCGGUGCUACUAUUAGUAACAGAGAUUGCAAAGAAACUCAUAGCGGAGCACACUGAAGAGGAAAUAAAAAAUGCUCUCUACAGUAUUAGAUCGUUUAAAGCACCAGGAAGUGACGGAUUUUCAUCUCUUAUCUACAAGAAUAACUGGGAUUUAAUGAAAGGGAAGCUGUAUGAUUUUAUCAACUGCUGCUGGCAAUAUCCGGAUCUUAUAAAGCAAUGCAACAACACUCUACUAACUCUUGUGCCUAAACUUAAUAGCCCAGAAUUUGUCUCUCAAUUUCGGCCUAUUGCUCUAUUCAAUGUGAGUUACAAAGUCUUGACCAAGAUUUUGGUGGAAAGAAUCAAACCACAUUUGAAUGAUAGAAUAGCAGUCAACCAAUCAAGUUUCAUUCCGGAAAGGAAGAUUCAAGAUAAUAUUCUUAUUGCCAAAGAGAUGAUGCACACCAUGAGGUGCAUGAAAGAAAUGAAGCAAUUUAUGGCUGAUGCGUGA